AUGGCAGCAGUGGAACGUCUCACAAAACAAAACCAUGAUCUGGAGGAACAGCUACGCCAAAGGGAUGCAGGACACAACGUUCAAGAGAAAAACCAAGAAGGUACCAGUGCCGAACGAAGGGACCAAGAGAGGCCAGAGGGUAGUAAUGCCCCAAGCAGACCAAAACGGCAAAACAUAAGCCUUCCAUCUCUCAUGGAUACGGCCCCCCCACCUAUUGUCGCGGAGAUGCAAGCGAUGAAGGAACAGAUGGAGGUCAUGAUGAAUGCCCUCAAGGGACGAGUGUCCAAUGAUCUUGAUGACCUAGUAAACAGAAUCGACUCACCGUUCACUACCUCUGUCAACUUCUUCCACCUGCCACAGAAAUUUCGCAUGCCCCAGAUUGAAAGCUACGACGGGGGUCCUGCAAGAAUUUGGUUCAGUAGACUGACGCCGAAUUCCAUCAACACUUUCAAGGAGUUGAGCGCCCAGUUCACCUCGCACUUUAUUGGUGGACAUAGGUACAAGAGGUCUACUGCGUGCUUGAUGAGCAUAAAGCAGCGAGAAGACGAGACGCUGAGAUCCUACAUAACUUGCUUCAACAAGGAGGCCCUUUCAAUAGGCGAAGAGGAUGAUAAGAUACUCAUAGCAGCAUUCACUAAUGGGUUACGGAAGGGUAAGUUCUUGUUUUCUUUAUACAAGAACGACCCAAAAACCAUGUCGGAUGUACUCUAUAGAGCCACCAAAUACAUAAACGCGGAAGACGCAUUGCUGGCCCGUGAGGAGAAGCCUAGAAAGAGGGAAAGACAAGAGGACACACGACAGGAUAGGGGGCGAAAGAUGGCUAGAACCGGAGAUCGACGAGAUGAAAGGCGCUCUAGACCCCCCACUGGGAAGUUCACGAGCUUCACCCCAUUAACCGUCCUAAUAGAUCAAGUCUUAAUGCAAAUCAAAGAUGAAGGAGCCUUGACGUUCCCUGGUAAGCUCAAGGGAGAUCCCAAGAAGAGGCCAAGGGACAAGUAUUGCUGCUUCCACCGUGACCACGAGCACAACACAGCCAACUGCUACAAUCUGAAACAGCAGAUUAAGGCUCUUAUCAGACAAGGGAAGCUACAGAGAUUCGUUAACAAGGAAAGAACUGAUCCACCCCAGGAGCAGGCCCCACGGCGGGAGAAUGAGCGCCCUAGACCACCUAUAAGGGACAUAAGAAUGAUCGUAGGGGGCACAACCGUUGUCGGAUCUUCUAAAAAAGCCCACAAAACCUACCUCAGAAUGGUCCAUAGUGUCCAACUUACAGGAUCCGUACCUAAAAUGCCACGAAUAGACAACCCCAUCAUCGGAUUUUCAGAAGAUGAUGCUCGGAGACUUCGCCAUCCGUAUGACGACGCACUUGUGGUCAGCUUGCAAAUAGGAGAUUUUAACAUGCAUCGGGUCCUUGUCGACAACGGCAGCUCAACGGAUAUUCUAUACUACCCGAUGUUCCAGCAAAUGAGGAUUGACAGGGGACGAUUAAUCUCGACGAAUGCCCCUCUCGUGGGAUUUGGAGGAACGAAGGUGUUCCCCUUGGGCGUGAUCACACUAUCUGUAAUGGCGGGUGACUAUCCUCAGCAGAUCACUAGGGAAGUAACGUUUCUCGUAGUCGACUGCUCGUCUGCCUACAAUGCCAUUCUAGGACGACCCACUCUCAAUUCCUGGAAGGCGGUGACUUCAACAUACCACUUGAUGAUUAAAUUCCCGACGGAUUACGGGGUGGGAGAACUGCGAGGAAACCAAGUCACAGCGCGGGAAUGCUAUAUUGCCAUGUUAGAGAUGAAGGAUCAACAACAAAUGAUGUGCAUAGGAGAACAAUGA